AAUAUCCUGGUGGCAUACUGCAUCUCAUCGGUCACACCGCAGACAUCGUCAUCAAGAAUCAUGCAGGAUUUGAAAUGGUAUUGGUGGAUUUCUGCUACUCCGUUCAGAUGAAUAGAUCUGCAGUGUGUGAAUAUUUCCCAAAUGUUCAGUGUCGCUCAACACCACCUAUCAGAUUUAAGAGUUUGCAAGCUACAAAAGACAGAGACAAAAUGAGGACUCCUGUGAGGCAUACAGACUACUGUUCUCCUUGGAUCUGUGCAUCACGUGAUUCAUAACUAAAUGACUACAUUGACAGAAAGAGAAAUAUUGUUAGUGACAAGCCAGCAGUCUAGACUGUGCCAAGUAAUCAGGCUCAUAAACAACGUCAUUCUAACAUAUUGCUAGGGACGCUCCUGUGGCGGUUUUACUUGUUCUUCCACACUGAACCAACCCGGGCAGGACAGAGCAGGAAUACUCUGCACCAGAGUACUCCUUUAAGCACCUAAUCAUAUUUCCAUAAAAAAGCUAACCAUAACUGAGAGGUCUGAUCCAUGCACACUUGUAUAAAUCUACCAUUAAUCCUCCUCAUCAUUAUAGGUGUAUGCGACUUUCGGAAGGGUUGGCGUCCCGGCAGUUGCCUAGCGCCGAACAUCACGUGUUCAGCACAUCAGUGACGCCGGCAUUGCCCUAUGGAGGAGGGUUUCCCUCGGCCAUGGGGUGGGCUGAGCGCUCACGUGAGCCAGAUCACGUGACGUGAGAGGCUCGGCGCUGUUUACUGACAUCAAGCACCGACAGUGGAGCAGCAUGGAGUGGCGAAUGGAAGACAGAACCGGAAGCCGCAACCGGACAGGGCCUGUUAUAAGGGUGGUCUACAUAUGCACAGUGGGAAGAUCCCCAAAUUCCGUCUGAUCUGUAAAUCCAACGUGUGGAAGAAAUAAACAGAAAUUGGCCUGGGAUUUCCUGGGAGUAGACCGAGGCUGUGCCAGACAUGGUAGGACAUCUGAAUUUACAAGGGAUGGAAGACAGUUUGAAGGACAAGAAUCGGGAAGGUUUAUUGGAUAGUCCGGAUUCUGGCCUCCCACCGAGCCCCAGUCCUCCAUUCUAUUCUAUCUCUCCUGGCAUUACUGAGAGCAGAGCUGAGGGCAGCAUUACACCAACGCAAUAUCCAGGAGAUGCCUACAAGAAGGAACCCAGGGAGGGAAUAGUGAUUCCAUAUCUUCUCCUUAACAACUCCCCUCCAGAGGCAAGGCCAAGGAUGCACCCCGUUGUGUUUGGGGAAAGCAUAGAAGUAAAUCCAGAGCCGGUCCAGGAAAUCAGGUGUAAUUCAGAAAUCAAAUAUGAUUCAGAGAAGCAUUUUCGAGACCAUGUCUUUUAUGCUCCAAUUCCGACUGUCACAUCUUUCAGCGAAACUAUUAUCUCCACCCCUAACUGCACGUGGAGGAAUUACAAAUCUAAGCUAGUUUUUGAGCCACGCAACAAGCCUCUGAGGUUUCAAAGCACAACCAUCAUCUACCCAAAACAUGCCAAGAACAUUUACAGAACAACACUCAACUACAACUGUGGGGGACCAAAAAAAUGGUUUGCAUCCAGUGUGCAUCUGGAACUGUUUGAGGAAACAAGCCCUUGUAUCAUAUACACAGAUGAUCUGUAACUUAGUACCACGUUCAUCACCACCUCAUCGAACUGCCCAAAACUUAAUGCAAGCAUGGAAGAGAGAAUCUACAGUCUAGAUCCCAAAUUCUUAGAACUUUUCUGAAACUGAAGAUGCUGGAACUGGAUUGACAUUAUCAUUCAUAGCAAAAAUUAUUUUUGUGUUUUUUCUUUUUUUUUUUCCCUUUUCUGUUGUAUGUAAUAUAGAGCAUAUGACUGUAAUAAGAUUUGUUGUAAGGGUUAACUGUGAGAGUUAUUGUCAAGUUUUAGAUGGAUUCUAAACUCCCUUUGGCUUCAAAAUAUUGUGGUGUGUGGUGUCUAACCACCCGUGGUGUGCCCGUGGUGUGCCCAGGAUGAAGCUAAGGAACAAAUCCCUCAACAGAAAACUGCUCAAAGUUCUGUUAGCUUUUUGGGGAUAAGAAUGAGUACAAGAGAAGCAGGUCGGGGGGUCAGCUCUUAUACAGAGGGAUCUGUGCAAUGGGUAGCUUAACAGCUACCAAAACAUUUGAAAAUUUGAAAAGUUUUAAGAGGUUUUAUAAGUUAGGAAAAGAUAAAGAAGGACGAUUUCAAGAAGGAAUGAAGUGAAAUCUCUGAUAGUGAUUUCCUCUAGUUAAAGAACCAGUGUGUUGUGCUUCAUUAUGUAAUAAUGCCUAGUUAAUAUGUAGAUGGAGAAGUGUGUUUAAGCCAACAACUACAGAUAUGGUUACUCUGGAGAAAAAGAUCUAAAUCAACCGGUGAUGAAAUGUUACCCAGAUUUGUAAAUAACUUCUAUAUGAAAUCUUAAGCCUUCCAGUACUUAUCAGCUGCUGUAUGCUCCAAAGGAAGUUGUGGACAGAGAAGGCAGCAGGGAGCACAGUGUCUGACUGGAACAACUACUCAACUUCCUGAAAAGCAUAAAUUUGCUGAUAAGUACUGGAAGGCUUAAGAUUUUUAAAUAGAAUGUUAUACAGAUUCAUGAAUUACUUUUUGUUAUCAGUUUAUUUUGAAAACCAUUUUGUAAUCUGGAAUACCCCUUUUAAUUUCAUUUAUUUAAAGAGGAUUAUAUUAGUGACUUUAACACUGAAGCUGGGCAGGUAUACAGUAAGUUGAUUUAUUAUGUACUAGGUAGUCAAGAAGAUGUACUUCCCUUAUGAAAUGUGACAUGUAAUGUAAGAAAUGAAAGAACUAGAACAUUGGUAGGCGAAUCAUAUUGUACGAUCAUUGUUUUAGUUCAACAUUCUGUGUUGACUAAUUUUUUUAUACAUUUUUAUUAAAGGGGUACUCCGGUGAAAACCUUUUUUCUUUUAAAUCAACUGGUGGCAGAAAGUUAAACAUAUUUGUAAAUUACUUCU